AUGGCUGGUUUUGUAUCUCACACUGUGUCCACAGUCCUUGAAGCAAAAGGGGGACACUGGCUCUCCCCACAAAGGUUCCUGAAGUACCAAGCUAUAAUGGUUGAGCAAGAUGAUGUUGAAAUCAUAACCACCAACAUUAUCAACCCGGCCUCAUUUCUUGGAGGAAACCUCAGAGAACCAGUUGACCACGACUGCUUAGAAACAAUUGAAGCCACAUACUUUAGCCGUACAGAUCUCAAAGACGUUCCUAUCGAUGGAGCCGAACACUGGUUCAUGGAUGGAAGCAGCUAUAUGCUGAACGGAAAAAGACAUUCUGGGUAUGCCGUCACAACCUCUGAAAAGGUAAUAGAAUCUGGGCCACUACCACACGAAACCUCAGCACAAAAGGCUGAAAUCAUAGCCCUUAUCCGAGCUUUGGAGAAAGCUCAGGGAAAGGCUGUGAAUAUUUGGAUGGAUUCUAAGUACGCCUUUGGAGUAGUACAUGCUCAUGGAGCAAUAUGGAAGGAAAGAGGACUGUUAAAUUUUCAAGGAAAAAUUAUUAAACGUGCAGAAGAAGUUUUAAGACUCCUAAAUGCAGUCCAACUUCUUGAAAAGGUAGCAAUUAUGCAUAUCAAGGCACACCAAAAGGUGAGCACAGAAUUGGAAAGAGGGAAUGAGCUGGCAGACAGAGAGGCAAAACAGGUAGCCAAAGAGACAAUUAGGAUAGAAGGUGCACUAAUCCCUGAUGGACAGAUAUCUCUAGAAGGUAAGCCAGAAUAUACAAAAGAAGACCGUAAACUUGUUACUGACCUAGGGGGGUCAUAUAAUGAGGAGGGGUGGGCCAUAACUGAGAGUGGACAAAUCAUCAUUCCCUCCUGUAUGACUAACCCCAAAAUUACUAAAGGACCAUGGUUAGGGAAAAUUGGGAGAGGAAAUGGUCUGGGGCAACAUUGGCAAAUUGAUUUCUCGGAACUCCCUAGAAAAGGGGGGUAUUGAUAUUUAUUGGUGUUAAUAGACACCUUUUUGGGCUGGCCAGAAGCUUACCCGUGUAGGACAGCUAAGGCCUGGGAGGUAACUAAGAUGUUGCUCCAAGAAAUAAUACCUAGAUUUGGGGUCCCAGCAGUAAUAUCCUCAGAUAGAGGACCACAUUUUAUAUCUAAAGUACUGCAACAGAUCAGCCACCAUCUUGGAAUAGACUGGCAAUUAUAUGCCCCAUAUCAACCUCACUCAAGUGGUCAGGUGGAAAAGAUGAACCACCUGAUCAAACAGCAAAUUGUUAAAUUAGGCCAGGAAACUAAUCUGGCUUGGCCUCAGGCCUUACCAUUAGCCCUUCUACGAAUACGAACCAGGCCAAAAGCAAAAGGGUUCAGUCCAUUUGAAAUCCUAUAUGGACAACCCUAUGGAAUGCAGAAGGGGAUAUCUUCACAAAUUGAUGAAGAAUUAAUGACUUCCUAUAUGGUGGCACUGAACAAGCAGUUGAGAAAAAUCGAGAAACAUGUAACCGGGACACGCAGUAGGGGUCUGUGUGGGAGAAUUUCUCCCGCAGAGGGGCAUGAGCUGUAA